UUAAUUACACGAUAAUACAAAAUUAUAGAUUUUAAAAUAAAUAAAAAUUGGCAAUGAGACACAUUCAAUUCCGGUUUUUGUAGUCCUCUUCCUUCUUUCUUCCUCCAUUACCAACUUCCCUCUAACCCUAAACUUUCUCUCUCCUUCAAAUUUCCCAGAUUUUCGAUUUCAACCUUCUAUUUCACUCUAAAUCCAUACUUAUGACUUGAUCAUCUUUCUUCUUUCUCCAUUUUCUAGAAACUUCUUAGCUUCUGCCAUCUGGGUUGGAAUCUGCUUCUUUCUUUGAGCUUUGAGAUCGUCAAAGUUAAGUUUCUCUGAGCUCAAUUUGCUGCUGAUUUUCCAUUUUCAGCUUUAUUUUACCUGGUUAGUUGUAGUUUUUCCCAAUUUUUAAUUUUUUUUUCCUGCUUGAAUUUCAUGUAAAUUGAAUUGAAUUAUUUAGCUCCCCCAAAAAAAAAAAAAGUUGAGAUCUUGAUGAAAUGGGGAGAAAAUUAGCUUUGAUUCUAUGGUUAUCUGUAUUAAUAAAAGUGAUAGUAGCUCAAAAUUAUACACCAAAAGAUAAUAUUCUGUUGAAUUGUGGGGCCACCGACAAACAGACCAGCGAUUCCGAUGGUCGGAAAUGGAACUCCGACAAUGGAUCUAAGUUCUUGUCUUCAUCCAAAAACACAACCACAGCUCCGGCUGACAGUCAAGCACCUGAUGUUGCUGAGGUCCCUUUCUUGACUGCUAGAAUUUUCCAAUCUGAAUUUUCCUAUAAUAUUGCUGUUGCCCCUGGUCGGAAAUUUGUCCGUCUUUACUUCUAUCCCAAUUCUUAUGCUGGUCAUAACACCACUAAUGCUAUCUUCUCUGUCGCGGCCGGGCCGUUCACUUUGCUUAGCAAUUUUAGUGCUGCCCAGACCACCGAAGCCCUUAACUAUGAUUACCUUAUCAAAGAGUACUCCAUCAAUGUCGAGGGUGAUACUUUGACCUUAACCUUUACGCCCUCGUCUAAUUAUACCAAUUCCUUUGCCUUUAUUAAUGGUAUUGAGGUUGUGUCUAUGCCUGAUAUCUAUCAAGAUGCUGAUGGUACACCCUUUGUUGGUGGAGGUGUCAAUUUUAUUAUCGAUAACUCCACCGCCCUUGAGGGUUUGUAUCGGCUUAAUGUGGGUGGAAAUUACAUUCCUCCUACUAAGGAUACCGGCCUUUUUAGGUCGUGGUCUGAUGAUACUCCUUAUAUAUUCGGGGCUGCUACGGGAACCACUAAUGUUGCUGAUGUUAAUGUCACUUAUCCUGAUUCUAUACCCUCGUAUACUGCUCCUGUCGACGUUUACUCCACUGCAAGGUUCAUGACAAUGAACAAUUCAAUCAAUGUCAAUUUUAACUUGACAUGGUUGUUUACGGUUGAUACUGGCUUCAGUUACUUGGUUAGGCUGCAUUUCUGCGAGAUCUUUUCCAAUAUAACUAAGGACAACCAGAUUGUGUUCAAUAUCUUCCUCAACAAUCAGACUGCGACCCCUGGAUACGAUAUCAUUGCCUUGGCAGGCAGUAAUGGGACACCUAAUGUUCAGGACUUUGUGGUGAUUCCUCCCCCUAGUAAAGACCCCCAGCAGGAUCUCUGGCUUGAUCUGCAUCCAGAUACCAGUUCUAAGCCGAACUACUAUAAUGCAUUUCUGAAUGGAGUAGAGGUAUUCAAGAUAAACGGCACUGAUGGUAGUCUUGCUGGGCAGAAUCCAAUUCCUGCCCCAACGCAGGAGGUUGUUUUCUCUCCAUCAGGCUCAUCCCAUUCAGCUAGUCAUGCUGCAGUUAUUGGUGGAGUUGUUGGAGGUGUUGGACUAUUCUUCCUGGUUGCUCUAUUGGCCUGUUUCAUCUCUCGCCGCAGGAGGUAUGGAAAGGUCUCCAACCCAAGUGAUGGUCCAUCUGGUUGGCUUCCCCUUUCCCUGUACGGAAAUUCGCAUACCUCUGGAUCUGCAAAGACGACUACAACUGGAAGCUAUGCUUCUUCUCUUCCUUCAAAUCUCUGCCGUCAUUUCUCUUUUGCAGAGAUCAAAUCUGCCACCAAAAAUUUUGAUGAGUCUCGUGUCCUCGGAGUUGGAGGUUUUGGCAAAGUUUACAGGGGAGAAAUUGAUGGUGGGACGAUGAAAGUAGCUAUCAAGCGUGGGAACCCACUGUCUGAGCAAGGUAUACAUGAGUUCCAAACAGAAAUUGAGAUGCUUUCCAAGCUUCGUCACCGUCACCUUGUCUCUCUGCUUGGUUACUGUGAAGAAAAUGGAGAAAUGAUCCUUGUGUAUGAUUACAUGGCUUACGGAACCCUUCGUGAGCAUCUCUACAAAACCCAAAAGCCCCCUCUGCCGUGGAAGCAAAGGCUCGAAAUUUGCAUUGGUUCUGCUCGUGGAUUGCAUUACCUUCACACUGGUGCCAAGCACACUAUCAUUCAUCGUGAUGUCAAGACAACCAACAUUCUGUUGGAUGAGAAGUGGGUGGCCAAGGUUUCUGACUUUGGCCUGUCCAAGACAGGGCCUUCAUUGGAUCACACCCACGUUAGUACUGUUGUGAAAGGUAGUUUCGGAUAUCUGGACCCUGAGUACUUUAGGAGGCAACAACUCACCGACAAGUCAGAUGUUUACUCAUUUGGGGUUGUUCUGUUUGAGAUCUUGUGUGCUCGGCCUGCCCUGAACCCGUCGCUUCCAAAGGAGCAAGUUAGCUUGGCAGAGUGGGCAGUAUAUUGCUACAAGAAGGGUAUACUUGAUCAGAUUAUGGAUCCUUAUCUGAAGGGAAAGAUUGCUCCUGAAUGCUUCAAGAAGUUUGCUGAGACUGCUAUGAAGUGUGUGUCUGAUCAGAGUAUUGAUAGACCGUCCAUGGGUGAUGUGCUGUGGAACCUCGAGUUUGCUUUGCAACUACAGGAGAGUGCAGAAGAGAGCGGUAAGGAUCUUGGCGAUGUUGCUGGGAUAGACUUUGUUGAAGGCAAGUUUGACGUCGAGUGUGGAAAGAAGGAUCCAAAUGAAUCCCGGACUUUUGAUGGAAACGUGACAGACUCAAGGAGUACAAUGAGCAUUGGAGGUCGCAGUCUUGCAAGUGAAGAUUCUGAUGGUCUGACACCAAGUGCUGUGUUCUCUCAGAUCAUGAAUCCCAAGGGACGUUAGAUACAUGUCCAAUGCUUGGGAAUUUCAUUACCGAAAUUUGGUGUUCCAGACCUAUUUUUCUGCCUAAUCAAAACGGGUUUGCUAAUCGGUUUGUAAUCAACCAAACCACAGAAGGAACUCCAUCAUUUCGUCAUCAGACUAAUAACACUAUCCAAAAUUUUCAUCAAUAUACAAUAUCUUGGUUCAUCUGUUGAACAUGGCUAUUUUUAUUUAAUUUCCAUCUUUGAUCUAGCAGUAAGUUGUAUCUAUAGUUCUAUUUAAAGAGUGAAACUGAAAUUGUUUUAUAUACCAUAUGUACUGAUCUUUCUUGUGUAUUUCAGUAAUUUAUGGUUCAUUUUAGUGGGAUUCAUUUAUUCUUCUAAACUCGCUAAUCGGAUUCGAGUUUUCAUCCCUAA